CACCAGUCACUGCUUGGUGCUGUCAAAGUGCAGACGUGUAUUUUUGUAUUAGCUGCUUGUCACAAAGAGCAAGCGCCAGAUAAUUAAUUACAAAGGAUAUUCGUGCUAUUUUUGAGGAGAUAUACCUAUAUUCAAUUGUGAGAGUGCGGGGUUGUUGUGCGUGAUCCAUCAGCACUUUCGAAGCGAAGUUAUUUAACCUACAGUUAUAAAAUAGAAAGGCCGUGUACAUUCAAAAAGUGCCUUCGUCAACGUCAAGUUUGUAAAAGAGAAAACUUUCUAUCCAAUAUCUAUAGCUGCGCGAGAAAAUCGCACAAACAGCCACGACACGGCAGUGGCGAGGCUCCUGACGGCGAUUUGGCGCGCGCAUUCCCUGCCGCCGUUAAAGACCCUCGGUCGUUGGCUUUUCACCAGCAUCAAUAACAACCACGACGUUGAUCAAAGGAAAGCACCUGCCCGAUUUAAGGUGCCAAGUAACGAGACACUCGUUACGCAUAUAAUGAGCGAAGACAAUCAUGAUGAAGUUCACAUGACGACGCCUGAACUGAUAACAAAACACGGAUAUAUAGCUGAAACUCAUCACGUUUGGACUGAGGAUGGCUAUAGAUUAGAGUUGCAUCGUGUUUUGAGAAAAGCUCAAGGCAGAAAUUCAGGAACAACUUCCAAAGAGACUCAGAAUGAGAUAAUAUCAAAACCAGACUCAGAACACUUAUUAGGUUCAGCACAAUCAGAAUCACCACCGUUACAAGUCAAAGAAGAAUCCACUCCCAAAGUUAGACUACCAAUAUUAAUAAAUCAUGGGUUACUAUCAAGUUCAGCAGACUGGGUUUUACUUGGACCCCAAAAAGCUCUUGCUUAUGUAUUAUGUGACUGUGGAUUUGAUGUAUGGUUAGCAAAUGUAAGGGGAAACACAUACUCCCAAUGUCACAAACAAUAUUCUACAAAAGAUAAAGAGUUUUGGGAUUUUAGUUGGCAUGAAAUAGGAAUCUAUGACUUACCAGCUAUGAUAGAUUAUAUUUUAGAGAAAACUCACCAGACAAGCUUGCAUUAUAUUGGCUAUAGCCAAGGGACUACUACUUUUUAUGUAAUGUGUAGUGAAAGACCUGAAUACAAUGACAAAGUCAAAGGAAUGGUGAGCAUGGCUCCCAUAGCAUUCCUUUCGAAUCAGCGUAGUCCACUAAUAAAAUUUAUUGUAAGAUUCUAUAUUCUCAUGGAAUGGGGAUCAGCAUAUUGCAAUAUACAUCAGUGGUUUCCUAGAAAUAGGUUACAAGCUAAAGCUUUGGGGACUUUAAUUAGAAAUACCCCUGGUCAACUAACCAAAAGUUUUUAUAGUUGCUGGUUUUAUCUAGUCGCCGGUUUUGGUAGCAAUCAGUUAGAUAAGUCAAUGCUUCCCCUGAUUUUUGGACAUUUUCCUGGAGGUUCCUCAGCUAAACAAAUUAUUCAUUACAGUCAAGUAAUCCUUUCUGAUUCAUUUCGAAAGUUUGACUAUGGUACCUCUAAAAAUUUAAAGCUAUAUGGAAGUAGUCAGCCACCAAAGUACUGUCUGGAACGAGUGAAGGUUCCUGUGGCAGUGUUUUAUAGUGAAAAUGACUUUUUAACGCAAGCUGCGGACGUUCAAAGGCUUGUAGAAAAGCUUCCAAAUGUGGUUAUAAAACACAAGAUUGAAUAUUCAAAAUUCAAUCAUAUCGAUUAUCUUUGGGGUCGAGAUGCAAAAACGCUCCUCUACGCCCACAUAGUUGACUUUAUAAAAAAGUAUAACUAAGCGUACGUUAAUCCAUGUAAACCAUGACGAGCUUUACAAGCGCGAUGUAAAGUUUACAUAUAAAAUCAUUGUCAAAUCAAACAAUAUUAAAUUUAGUAUUUCGCAAAGUUAGGUAAAUUAUUUAGCAGAAUGAUGAUCAUCUUGAAGCGUUCGAAAUGUUGGUUUUAUCUUUUCCACGAAUCAUUCGCUGAUUUGUCAAGUUUUCAGUCGUUUACUGCAUUUAAAAGAAACUAAAGAAACUGAUAUUCUUAAAUUAAAUCUUAAUUUACAAAUGAAGAUUCUUUUUAUGUAUAUAUUUUGAUAUUAUUCUAAAAAUAGACAAAAAUCGGUGUGUUUUGAAUAGUAAUGAUAUUUACUAGUUGAAUGUUUUCAUAAAAAUACUAAUGUCAACGACGUACACACUGACAAUUUCAUCGUUUACCUGCUAAUUAAUCGUGUUCAGUAUUAUAAGAGAAUUUUCUAAUAGUUAAUAAUGGCAAUUGAGAAUGGAUGUGAGAUAGCAAAAAGGUGCAAUAACAUUGGUUUUAAUUUCUCGUUGCUUCAGUAGCAGGGAAAAUUGAGGUCAGUCAUUUCUAUGUGCGUUUACGUUUGUAAGCCUUGCAAGUAACGGGGAGCAAGAGAAAGAAAUUACAUCGAAAAAGUUGUGCGAUUGAUUUCUUCCGUGUCAGAUGCAUGGAUCCGAGACGUCAUUGUAGCAUAUUUUGGAGAAAAAUUGUGAAAAUUAUUUUUCGGUUUACUUCUGCAGAGAAGCGUUGAAAUACCAUCCUCAUCCGCACUGAAUAGUUUACAACUUUCGCAAUUUGCAUUUGACUGUAUUGAACGAUUAUACUCUUAAAAAAUCAAAUGUUUAUAAUGAUAUUUUUUCAAGUAAAAUGUUGUUAUACAGUAAAAAAUUACAAAAAAAAACUAAUAAAAAUAUAAAAUAAAAUAUA